UGACGAUCAUGGUAUCAUAAAGGCAUAAAAUCACAGAUACGUGGGCUCUAAUUUUGCCACAAAAGUUAUUUUCUUCGUCAUAGGAGCACGCCAUUGCUGUAUCACUGACUUCAGUUCGGAAUUAGUUGCAACAAAAUGUCUGAUUUAGACAUGGCUGCCAUAACAAGAACCUGUUUCCUGAUACUCUUUGUUUCAUUUUGCUUUGGAUUUCCCAAGGGAGAAGGACUCACAACUAUCCCGACAAUGACUGAAACCGUCACCAUUGAAUACACUACACUGCCUGCUAGUGAGUCUACAAUCAACCAAACCGAAUACACUGCGCUGCCUACAAAUGAGUCUCCAAUCAACCAAACCGGAAACACAACGAUGCCUACUAUGCCCCCUAUUGAUCAAACAGGAUACACUACGCUGCCCACAAGUGCGCCCCCUAUUGACCAAACCGAGCCUGGAAGUACUAAGAAGGCAGCGACGAGGGCUUCGUCCAACAGUCCAACAGAGACAGAGAGACCUAAGAAAGUGAUGACUAAACCCCCGCCUACAGUUAAAGCAAGUUCGGUGCUCGACCUCAGUGCCGCAUUCGGUGCCGUAGCUGUCAUACUCCUUAUCGUCAUCUUUUUCGUCUUACGAGGCUUGUACCAGACGAGAAACGAUUCCAAAUUGGAGAUAACAGAGAUUCCAUUGGAGAACGUAACAAGCGGCCAAUAAACAUCGAACAAUGCAAAGAAAACAUGACCAUCAAUUUGAUACAACUAUGCAGUUGUUUGUGUAAGAAUCAUCAAGUCACACACUGAAAGGGAUUGGUUAUCUUUGCCUCAGAUUCUAAACAAAAUGCUGGAUUUAGCUCAUGCUGCAAUCAUAAUCAUAAACCUUCAGGC